UUAAGCAAACUGUUCCUACCGGAGAAACUGAGGAACAUUUCUGCGGUGGAGGAGUGUAUUUGGAAACACCUGAAAGGGUAGGGCGAUGUGACGGCCUAUGCGCGCGCGCCGCUCUGAUGCUGGCUUCCCUGGCGCGUCGCGACCUGGACGCGGAGACGCCGGUCGUUUGGCCCGCAUGGUGUUAUUCAGGUGAAGGUGGCGGGGGUGCGGCGCGGCGGUGCGCGCGCGAUGCGGCGUCGCCCGCGCACGCGCACGCGCCGGCGCCCGCGCCGACCGCGGCAUCCACCCACGCCGUUAAAAUCGAACGUCUCAGUCCGCACGACUCCACAGCUUCCAGAUCUCGUAGCGUAACGCCAUCAACUUCGUCGUACCCGGGCACGCCGCCUGAGCGCGGCAGCCCGCAUGCGCCGCCUGCGCCUGCGCACCCUCCUCGGAAUUAUUCGGACAUCAUGCGCUCACUCGCGGCUCGGUACAACACCCAUCCUACUAAUGACUAUUUCCACCGAAUGAAUGGCUUUGGCGUUGAUAGAUCUCCGGCACCAGCACCAACAGAUUCGAAUGACGUGCCCGUUGGCGGUCUAUUCGCGAAGCUAGUGAAACAACAGGGUGGCCCGCCCCGGCUUCCAGCCUUCCCCGUCAUGAUUGACAUGAGCUCUACAAAGGCAUUAUUAGCAAUAUCUCGAGUGGGUCGCGGAGGACGAUCACGGCGCAAGCGUGUCGGUCCGGGUGUAACUGCGGAACACUCACCCCUUGAUCUCUCCGCGGCGGGAGAGAGUGCAGCGAAACGCGCCAGACUCUCCGUCAGCCCAAGCACGAGGAGUGACGGUGAUGAAAGAGACAGAGUAUCAAACGAAGAUCGCAGCGAAACACGCGAAUGCUUGUGUGCAGAGGCGCGAGCGCGUCUAUCCGCGUGGACAGUAGACGAAGUUUGCGAGUUUGUGACUUCCAUUGACAUAUGCGCAGAAUACGCAACGAAUUUCCGCGAGCAGAGAAUCGACGGCUCAGGGCUGCCACUUCUUACAGAAGAGCACCUCACAGGCAUGCUGCAAAUGAAGUUGGGCCCAGCGUUGAAAUUGCGUGCAGUGGUCGGACGGAGAUUAGAGUCCUGUGCCCAGUGUCAAGCGAUCACAGCCACCGCUGCCGCGACCACGGCGGCGACGACACCGCCCAACGCACCCAAAAUAAAUGGCACAACAUUAAAAUCGGAGCCCAGAAGCAACACUACUAGCCCCAGUUAGAAAUACAAAUUGUUUUAUAAUUAGACUGAGUUAACGGGCAAUUUAAGUUACAAGCUUAACGUGGCGAAGGUUGUAUUUGUAUAAUUUAGUUUUUUUUAUUUUAUUUUACGUGGACUUGAAUAGAUUUUGUUGUCUUAACUGUUGAUUUGUACGAACUUUGUUAUGAAACGCGGUUAGUUCGCUGUUACAUAGAAUGGAACGCUAGUAUUUCUGAAUGUUCUUUUUUUAAUUUCCAUCUUUUCGAAACUUCUCGUUCUAUCUAAUAACGAACUAACGCUGGAUCAAACCUAUACAUGUAUAUAUAAUAGUUCAGCCACAUCUUAAGAUGCAAAACUUUCUCGAAGUUUAGUAAAUAAUGGGUAUUUCCGAGUGAUUGAGUAUUUGCUAAAAAUCAACAUCGGUGUCCAUAAAAUUCUUUACAACGAAUUAUUGCCAAUACAAAUGGGUCAAAUUUUCUAGAAUGUUCCAUGCCAGUUUACCUACUAUUUCGGGAAGUGAUUCCCCUUCGUCGUUUGUUAUACCGUUACUAAAUUUUAGUCAUUCAGUUCACUAUAGUCUUCCUGUUAAUAGAUUUUGCAUUUAGUUACGAAUUAAGACGCUUUAGUAUAUCUUAGCGGCUAAGGGUUGUAAAUAAGUUGUUGCCGUCCAAAUGUGUUGUGUCGUUUUAAUAUAUGUCGAAAAAGUUUUUGUAUGUGUGAAACAAAACUCCAUAGUAAAGAUUUAAUUUCGGAAGUUUUAAUUUUUUUUUAUUUUUAUGUUUUUAUCGCAUACAAAAACUUUAUCAAACAAAUCGUUUCGGUGCUAAAAGACCCUGAUAGGAAUAUUUGAAAAUAUUUUAGUAUUUACUUGUAAAUAACGGCCUUACUGUAAAAAUAUCUAAAUUCGAGGCUACUUAUGUCUUAAAUAUAAUACAGGGUCACAAAGUUACAAACUCUCUGUAUAUAAUUAUAUACUUACGUUUAUUUUAUAGUUAUCAUGUAUUAACAUUCGUCUGUAUGUAUAGCAUUUAUUUACACCACACCUGAAGAAAGCUCAUUAUAGUACAGUGAUGUAUUUCGUCUAGAAAUUACAUAAAUAUGUUAUUACAUUUAGUUGUUAUAUUACUUAUGUAAAACUGAAGUUAUUAUUUGAUAUACCACAUAAAUACAAUUUAAUUAAAUUCCUGUCGUAUGCAACGUAAGUUUUGUACAUAUCGACGUUCGAUAUUUAAACUAAAAUAUAUUUUAAUCUGUAUAAGAUUUAGAUUAUUGCAAGAAUAUUAUAAAUAAAUACAAUCUGUGGUAAUCUCCUUAAUUGCCAAAAUAGUAUAUUUCUAACAAUAUACAUAUUUCAAAUUUAAUACAAUUUUAAUAAUGUUCACGUGAAACUGACAAUACUUUUAAGAAUUGUAAUUAAAAUAAAUAUCUCGAGAUGGGUUUAGAUGAGAAUAUAAUAUAACAAAAAUUAUGAAACCAUUUGAAUUCAAAUAGCACAUCGAAUUUAUCAAAUAACUCCAUAUUAAUACUUUGAUAGCAUAUUUAUAAGUAAAAUAUAAGUAAUAAAAGGUGCUGUUUUGAUGUUAAAUGCGAUUAAUUAAAUUCGUGCCUUAUUCCAAGUCUUCCUCGUAUAUUAUCAAAUUAUAUUAUAAUUUUUUUUAUAUUCUUUCUGAAAGUAUUACGGUUGUAUGCUUUAAAUUGGACGAUAAUAAUACAAUAAUAAUAGUUAAUAAGGAUAUAACGGAUUCGUUAUUAUUAUAGAAUUUGAUAAUGCAGCUUUGUUAACAUUUGUACUUUUAUGUGGACUAGUGACUUACAUUUGUGUAAAUUUCGUGUACCUUAUUUUGUUUUUGAAUGUUUGAUGAAUGUGUGAAUAAUGUCGAUCGACUUAACACCGAUAUUUUAUUAAAAUUUAUUAUAAAAGUAGCUUGCUUGUAAAUCGAUAAUAGUGAUGAAUACGCCGUACGUCAAAGUUCUUUUUUUAAAUAAUUAAUGUUUGCUUUUAUCUGUACUUACUUGUUGUACGGCGUAUUUUCUCUGUUGUCUAUAUUACCUACUGUAAUUUCCAAUCGAAGCCGUGUAUGCUGCUCAAAUAAUAAUAAAAUAAAUACUUUUUUCUUCACUGUGUUCAAUAAUGCGUUAAAUUUACUUUUUUAUCUGUGACAAUAAUAAUUCUAUGACAGCUGUGGUGUUCGGUUUUGUGUAUGACAAGGUUUUAGUCACUUGUUAAUUUCCUUGAGAAUAUUAAGUACUUAGUUUAUUUUAAGCUUGUUUAGUUAUAAUUUCGGAUAAAGUUCAAUCCGAU